UUCAUCGUCAACGACGACGACGCUGGCUAUCCGAUUUGAUCAAGGGGACAACAUGGAAGCACUCGUGGGCCAAGUUCACCUUCCUGCGGAGAUCCAAAGCAUGACGGAGAGAGACUUUCUUGCCAAAACCAAUGUCGAACUCGCGUUUGGACUGACGCGCGACGAAGCCAUUGCACGACGACUGCUGCAUGGCGUCAACAGAGUGACUCCUCCCGUCAAUUGCCCGUCAUGGGUGUGCUGCCUGCUUCCGUGCAUCAUGCGCACGGAAGGCAUGCGACUGUACACAAACCACUCGCCCAAAGAAGUCAACGUCAUGCGAAGUGGGAAGAAGCUAUGCAUGGACGCUGCGAGCUUAGUCUUUGGCGACGUCGUCAUCUUCAAAGCGGGGGACACGGUGGCCGCGGACUGCCGCCUCCUGGAAUGCUCGGAAGAUUUUACGGUGGAUUUAAGCGCACUGGCGAACGAAAAGCUCCCCCGGGUGUGCUCCGUGGAGUGCACGGACAAGGAGAACGGCGUGCUCAGUCGGAACAUGGUGUUCAUGGCGUCGGCGGUGGUCAAGGGCGACGCGAUUGGGGUCGUGGUGGCUACGGGGGACAACACCGUGUGGGGCCAGCUCAUCUCCAACCAUAAGUGGCCCCACGUCACAGACGUCUCGAACGCAGAAAGCGAACGUUUCAUUGGCAAUAAAGCGUAGGCACCACGCGCUUAAUAAACGUCCAAAACACACAUACACGCCAGUCCAAUA